CACCUUUCCCACCACAUCUCAUCUGCACAUCCCAUCACGCACACCUGUAGGUAUAUGUGUAUGUACGUACGUACUGAGACAGGCACAUGCACCGACAGAGCUCGAGACGACAGAUAGACAGACGGAUAUAUACAACGUGUAUAGAUAUGUACAGGAAGGAAAGAGCACGCAGAUCUGGACGCAGAUGCGAAGCCGCAUUGAAAAGAAGCGCACCAAGGGAACUCCACACCCAUGCACCACACCCAGACAAACAGGCGGCAGGCAGAGAGGCAGACAGGCAGAGAGGCAGAGAGACGGCCAUGAGGGGUAGAGUUCGGCUCACUCACUGCGCGCCAGACUCAACACCUCCACGUCGUCAGCUACGAAGUCGCGAGUCCCCCCCAGCACCGCAUAGCCAUGCCUCAUCUUCCCCGUGUAGCCCACAGGCACAUCGUCGGCAGGGAGGAGCUGACUGCAGCUGCGGAUGUCGGCAGCAGGGCCAUCGCGCCCACCCCAGCACAGAUACAGGUGCUCCCCUAUGCACACAUUCGCGUAGCCAUCGAGGCCAUCCGCAGCCGCAUCCGCCCCCGCCACCUCCACAUACUCACACCCCAUGUCGAUCUCGGUGGACCUGGGGAAGUGCCCGGCCAGCGACAAGUACCACACAUCACAGCAGUAGGCAGCGAUGUCGGUCCGGCCAGACAGGUGGAGGCCGUCACUGACGUGCACGCCGAACUUGUAGCGGCCCUUCUGGAUGAUGAACACCAAGGGCCGCUUUCUGCCCACCUUGUCGACCAGAUCGUCAUACGUGGGACCGUCCACAGAGGCCCUGCGACACAUACAUACACAAAGCAGAUAGACUUACAGUAAGUGCUGCUGGGAUGGCACAUAACACGUGCGCGUGUGCGGGCAUCAGUACCGGUAGAGUAGUCGCAGCUGCGUGUCGUCGCCCCCCAUCAUGUCCACCAGGCUGUAGUACUCGAACGCGCCCAGCGAGCUGCCCACAGGCACACCCACCUGCACAGCCACACACACGCAGAACACACAGCACCAGAGACCGUCCAGACGGCGGACGAACAAACCGCUUCUCAUGUGUGAAAUGUGCUAGCGCACCAGUGGCUUGUAUAUCGACUGUAGCGAUGCCGCGCCACGACGCAGCUCCCCGACGCGACCCUCCAGACUGCAAAAGGCAGACCAGCCAUACAGCACCUCUGCUCCAUUCUCCUCGUACUUACUUCUUGAUUUGUUCGGCCGCCUGGUCGGCCGCCAAUGUGGCCUUCGUCGCCCACUGCAUCGCCACGGCGUCUUGCAGGCCGUAGUUGUCAGACACGUCAGCCUCAGGGGUCUCCUUCCUGGUUGGAUCGACACACACACACACGUGUGGAGAAAGGUCAGUCCAACCACUGAGUCGGUCGAUGAAGGCAAGGCAUGAGUUGUCUAGGGAAUGUGUGCGACCGACCUGCAGACAGGGCAGACGGCUGCACGACGCUCGUGGGGAUGGUGGCGAAUGAGGCUAUCGACACACUGAAAGCGAAACACACACAGACACGCACGGAAGAAUCUGAUUGAUGCCGCGCCGUGUACUGCGGUCGUGUCGCCCACACUUCGAUCGCCCACUCACCAUGGCGCAGAAUGAAUGUCCUGAGAGCGCACAACACAACACAACACAAUACAAACACCGAUGCCGUCCGUCCAUCAGCCAUGGCCACGGCCACGUUUGCUUCUGUGUUGGGUGCGGGGCUGCGCCUCUUCUUCCUCACCACAUCUCAAUACUUUCGGGGCCUUGUCGCCGCGCGAAUGAUAUUCCUCCUCACACACGAUGCAUUUGCACACACCUCCAGUCGCCAUCACCCGAUAGAUGGACGAUGACUGAUGCGUCAGCCUGACAACACACAGCAGGGAAGGCACAUUGGAUGAGUCAGUCAGCAAUGCUCUCUCCAGUCUGCCUCUCUCUGAAUGCCAUACCGCCCAUCCCUACUAUUUUUCAAUGAAGGUCGCCUUUCCGCUUCAGAUACCGUCUGCUAUCGUCUGCCGCAGCGCUUCUGCUGCUCAGAAGCACCAAAGGGUGGAAAAUCAU